CAGGCCACGGGAGUUCAAAGGAGGAUCAGCAAGGGCCAAAAACUCCUAGGAAGCUUCCUGAGAAAUGCUGGGAUCCAGACAGACACAAAGAGAUGGAAAGGGCAGCCUGGCCCGCUAGAGGGGACACAGGAAAAGGUCUAGAGGACUUGAAUGGGGCACCAUCACUGCCUGGGAAGGAUGGGAUACAGGGAAAACACCUCCAACUUGCCGCAGCCUCAGCCUGGUAUCUAUGUUGGUCAGUCCAACACAGUGAUGCCUGCAAGGCCCUGAGAGACUGGCUGUUGGGAUACUGCCUUUUCGAUGGCCCUGAGGGACCAGGUCGUUUUCCUGUGAGAGCCACGUGUCUGGGUCCAUGUUGGGAUCCAUGGACUGUGUCCCCACAGCGGCAUCCUUUUCAGGUUUCUUUCAGCCGUGUGCUUCUGAGAGUCUGCUGAGGAAUGAUGGGAAGUUUGCCCAGCAGAAGGAAAAGCCUGUCCACCAGCGCUAACCCCAGUUCCUCUGGUCCAGUCCAAGGAGCUGUGUGCACACAAGCAGAGAGAAGCAAGGUGACAGCGGUGGCCCUGGGCAGUUUCCCAGCAGGUGAGCAGGCUGGACUGUCUCUGAGACUCGGGGAGCCACUAACCAUCAUCUCUGAGGAUGGAGAUUGGUGGACAGUCAUAUCGGAAGUCUCGGGCAGAGAGUAUCACAUCCCCAGUGUGCAUGUGGCUAAAGUCUCCCAUGGGUGGCUGUACGAGGGCCUGAGCAGGGAGAGAGCUGAGGAACUGCUCUUGCUGCCUGGAAACCCCGGAGGGGCCUUCCUCAUCAGAGAGAGCCAGACCAGGAGAGGCUGCUAUUCCCUGUCCAUCCGACUCAGCCGCCCUGCAUCUUGGGACCGGAUCAGACACUACAGGAUACAGCGCCUUGACAAUGGCUGGCUGUACAUCUCACCACGCCUCACCUUCCCCUCGCUCCAGGACCUGGUGGACCAUUACUCUGAGCUGGCAGAUGACAUCUGCUGUGUCCUCAAGGAGCCCUGCGUCCUGCAGAAGCUUGGCCCGCUACCUAGCAAAGAUCUACCUCUCCCUGUGACUGUGCAGUCGACAUCACUCAACUGGAAAGAGCUGGACAGUAGCCUGUUUUUGGAAGCACCUGCCAGUGGGGAGGCAUCUCCUCUCAGUGAGGGCCUCCGGGAAUCCCUCAGCUCCUACAUCAGCCUGACUGAGGAUAACCCCUUGGAUGACGCCUAGGCCAAGCAGAAGUCAAAGGGGGAACCGAGGCCAUGUUGUCACCUAGGACUCCAGCUCGGGCAAACCUGACGGAGACCCCAGAGGCAAGGCUGGGAAUGCAGAGGGUGGGGCUGGGACACAGGCACAUCCCGGGCCCCACCUGGGCCUUCCGCUCUUUCCUCUCUAGAGGAUAAGAAGUCAUUUAUCUCCUCCCAAGGCCUCGAACCCUGCCUACAACCUCUGGUCCACGUGUAUCGCAAUUCAAAGCAGGGCCAGGCCCCUACAGAGAGUAAAUUACUUCUAAGGUUUGGUAAGUCAGUUCCUGAGAGGGAUGUCCAGCACGACUGUGGAGUCCCUUCCCCCAUUAUGACUGCUAAUCAGCCCCACUAAAGGCAGAGAUCACCACUAGCAUGAAGGAGAGAAAAAAUAAUUAGGGACACUCACAAGCCUCUUCAGAACGCACACACAUCCCAGACAGUAGGAUGGUCAGAAAGCAGAGAAGCGGAGCACCUGAGCUUACCACAGCGGCAGAGCAAGACCAACAGUCUAGAUCUUCCCAUGAUCCCUCACAGCAAGUCAUCUUAGCCAGGCUCUCAGAUCUCGACUCAGUGUUCACCCACACAUAGCCCAGUCAGACCCGUCUUGCCAUCUGGUGGUCAAACACAAAAUGACAGCGUUUAAGUCUCCCACUGUAGACCAGUCAGCCAUCUCGGGGCUGGGCCGGGCCAUCAGGUGGCAGACCCCUCUGCAAUGUUAAAGCCAAGGCAAUGACCUUCACCAACCCUGACAACCCAAAGGAGAAAGAGGCCUGGCUGAAGCUGCUAUGGGAGCUGAGAGGGAGAAGAGCAAAGUGGGGCUCUGCCCAACACCCUGACUGGGUUCUGAGGUCCCGGUGAGCAGGCAAGCAAGGCUUUAGUUUACCAGGCACGCCAACGCUUUCAGUGAGACUUGUUUAUUCAAGUAUCCGAAAACACUCUACAGUGGAAACCUAUUAGACGGCUGCCCAUACUGCGCUAUGGAUCACGCACAUGGUGUUUUCAGAAGACUUGAGAUGCCACUGAUAGUUUAAAAACUGUACACCUGACGGAGAACUAAGGAAGACAAUUUAAUGUUUCAUCCGGAUCCAGAGGCGCAUUAGAUUAAACAGCAGCUCCACUUGGCAAACAGCUGUUACAUGAUGGUAUCCAAGAAAAAUGGUUGAUGGACAAAUUCAGAAAUGCUUCCCCAAAGGCAGAUGGUUCUUUGAAAAGUUUCACAACCCUUGCAGAAAACGCCGAUGCCCAACACGCUGAUUCUAAAUCCAAGAGACAUGGGUCUUCUCAGUUCCGUGUGGCACGAGUGCCCCAACAAGCGUGUAUCUGUGCUCUAAUAAAAGGGUCCUUUGGACUGGACAGCAGAGAUGGGAGCAAAGGCCGUCAGUCGUAGUGGAUGGCAGUGUAAAAGAUGAUCCAAAUGACCUAAAGGAGACACACACAAUGUUUAUGUUGUCACCUGAUCAACACAGCCGCCCCCAUAUGAAAAUGGCAGUGCACAAUUCUGAGGCUUUAGGGUAUUUAUAAAGAAUAAGAAUCAUCAAUCCCAAAACAUCACACCAAAGAGAAGGCCUGUUCCCAUGGCCACUUAUUUCCCAUCCCCCCUUGCCCUCAGCUACUGGUGAUCACUAACCUACUUUCUGUCCCUAUGGCCCUGUGUAUUCUGGACAUUUCACUAAGGGGAAUCAUGUAGCCUUUUAUGUCUGGAAGCACUUAGCGUAAUGUUUUCAAGGUUCACCUAUACUACAAUACCAUAGAAAGUACAUUUUACUGUAUGGAUAGUAAACAUUUUACAUUUCAGAUGACA